ACCUCCACUGCCACUGUGAAAAUUGUGGUCACUGAUGUUAACGAUAAUGACCCUGUCUUCGAUCCGCUCCUGCCCCAAAACUUAACAGUUACAGAGGAGGAGGCCAACUGUUUUGUGGGCCAAGUAAAGGUAAGUCUGCCCUUAUGUCUACCACACUGUAUACUCACUGUUUAAUCCACAUUACUGACUCAUCCAUAGACCCUUGUAGAAUGCACUCAUGUUAAGAUACAGUAGAUCUGUCUGAUGAGUAAGUCAGUGUAUUAGCCAUGUAGAUGUAAUUUGCAGCUUGCAUAGGCAUACUGUCCAAGGGGCCUUUGACAUUAAAAGUCUGUUUCAAUGGAGUUUAACUUACAUGUACCUGGCUUGCAGCAGUACACCCUACUGUUCCUCUGUGACUCUGGUGUCUGUCUCCCGCUGACUCUCCCUGUCCCAUUUGGCUAAUUGUAGUCAGUGGCCCUCAUGGAGGAGAGGGUGCCAAGUCUCAACUCUCCUCUUGGCCUGCCUAUCCCCCCCGGUCUCCCAGCAUGUGUGCCCAGCUGCCAAGAGCCCCAGAGCAGGAAGGGCCCGUAUCUUUCGGUUAUCACUACGGCAACAGCCUCCAGAAACGAUAAAAACACAAUAUUUACAUCUUACAGUUAAAAGUAGUGCUCCCUGCCCACUCCGCUGUUGAUCAUUUUCCAAUUAAAUAAAUGAAAUUUUAAUAAUUUGUCAUGUUCAGGGACUUCCCAUAAUGAGUAGCUUUGUUGGGCUCUGUUAAGCUGUGAGGAGUUAUAAUUAGUGGUGUAGAUUAAUAGGGCAGGGAAUUGUUAGUGGAAUAAGCGGAUACUAAUGCAGUCAGACAUCUUUGGAGGGACUCAGUGUUUGUUUUGUACAGUGCAGCACACCACUGUGUUGUGAAUCGUAAGAUGAAUGUUUACGUGUGUGUGUGUAUGUGUGUGUGUGUGUGUGUGUAGUGUUGCCUGGAGAAGUGGGUAUGCCAAAACAAAUCAAAAUGGUCCACCCAGCGAAGGAAAGGCACCCUGUGUGAAAAAUCCUAUGAGAUACAGUAAAAUUAGAUUUUUUGUGUAGUUACCCUUUAAUUCAAGUGUGCAGGCACCUAGCACUGUCAUUUGGUUAGCGGUGUUUCUGUAGCGCAUGAGAUGGGGUUUGCAAAAUAAAUAGCAACUCGAUUGAUGCAAAUAAUCAUGAUAUCGUGCUGCCAGGUAGGCAUAGGCUACUUUGUAGUUAACAUUUAAUUGAGAAGGUUUUUGGGAAAGCCUUUCCAUCUACCAGAAGACGUUUAGGCCUAUCAUUAGAAUCUAUAUUUUUCCUGUUCCUUAAUUGUUUGAAACCUGGACGUUUUACUUCAUAUUAUGAGGCAUGUCUUACCUUGCUUCAAAGUAGCCUAUAGCUCAAAUCCCACCAUAGAAACUUGUAGGCAAUUAUUUUGAUAAAGACUUCCUCAUAUGCGUUCUCCUGUUCUAUUGGUUUUCUUUCAACUUUCUUUCUUUCAUUGUCUAGCAGCCAAAGGCGUUAUCCUAGUCAUAUUAUCAACCCAUGAUAGUUAUUGCAUCUUUAGAUCUCCUAAUUUCUAACGGAUAUUUCCAUCUCUGUCCGCUCGCAUGUGCAGUGCGUGUUUUAGAACAGUGUUUUGCCGUGUGUACAUCACUGCGCCUAAAAUGUGAAGAAAUAAUAGUUUAUCAAAAUGUUAAGCUAAAACAUUCUGAUCUGUUCCAUCAGCCUUAUUAAUUGACAUGGCGUAUACCUCCAAUACACUACUUUAAUACGCAUCAGUGGGGAUUAAGAAGUGAGUAUAUGCAAUGCCCACUGAAAGAUAUACCUGUGGGCUCCAGAGUGGCGCAGCGGUCUAAGGCACUGCAUCUCAGUGCUUGAGGCGUCACUACACUUCAGAGGGAGUUCCAUAGGGCAGCGCACAAUUGGCCCAGCGUCGUCCGGGUUUGGCCGGUGUAGGCCGUCAUUGUAAAUAAGAAUUUGUUCUUAACUGACUUGCCUAGUUAAAUAAAGGUUAAAUAAAAAAAUUGAAAUAUAUACCCUCCACUACACCCCUGUGUGUGUGUGUGUGUGUGUGUGUGUGUGUGUGUGUGUGUGUGUGUGUGUGUGUGUGUGUGUGCGUGCCUGUGUGUGUCCCAGCGCACAACAUUGGGGGCCCGCUCCCAAACCUGAUCCUUCAUUUCCUCCAACCUGACAAUCACUCCAACCACAUAACUUGGCCUCCAGUGGGAAGUUUUGGACACGCUCCCAACCCUAACAUUCCAUGUUUGUCCCCCACAGCUAACCAGGAGCAAAACCAUGGACCACAAGCCACAUUAAAGCUGGUCAGAGGUCCUGAAUAUAUCUCAGCCAAACAUUGCCAAACAUGACCAUCAACAGUAACUCUCCCACCAAACUGCAAUAUUUGAUCAAAUAAGCUCUCAGAUAUGAACUCGGCAAAUAAUCAAUUUCUGCAAUAACAUCUCGGAAUGUGCAAUUAAUCAGCAAGUCGCUCAUACUGGCUCAGCAUAUGAUCAGACAAGUGGGAUUUGUGUGGCUACAGUGUGCGCAUCGAAAUGAGGAAGCCUUUAUGGAACGCUAAACACUCAACCAUCUGCCCUUCCUCAAUCUGGCAACGCAUGGAUAUUAGUAGCGACGGUGGGCAACCUUGUGUGUUGUGGUAUUAUUUAUAAACUGAGUGGUUCAUUGGCUGACAGCCGUGGUAUAUCAGACCGUAUACCACAGAUAUGACAAAACAUUUGUUUUUACUACUCUAAUUACGUUGGUAACCAGUUUAUAAUAGCAAUAAGGCACCUCAGGGGUUUGUGAUAUAUGGCCAAUAUACCAUGGCUAAGGGCUGUGUCCAGGCACUCCACGUUGCGUUGUGCGUAAGAACAGCCCUUAGCCGUGGUAUAUUGGCCAUAUACCACAGCUCCUCAGGCCUUAUUGCUUAAUUAUGCAACACUUGUGUGUCAUGGUGAUAUUUAUGCAACAUGUCUGAUUUCUGUCCAUGUCUUGUCAACACAGCUGUAAUAAUAAUAAUAAUGAAUAAUAAUAAUGUUGAUCCAAGUGAUACAAGGCGCUGUCUGUAAGACAAAUUAGUUUUGAAUAUGUGUCAGCGACGGGAUAAAAAUCGUUGCCUGAUUGGAAUUGAUGUCUAAGACUUGUCUAGUUUGCUUCUAUUAUCUGGUUGAUAGCACUAUCUCCCAUGUUUUACUUGGCACAUUUUGUCUGCUUCUGAGCUGCAUUUUGCUCUGUUUAUCAAGCCAGCAAGACCCAUUACUGCAUUCACUUUACGAGAGAGAGUAGGCAGCAUGACAAGUGAAGCAGAAAUCUCUGUUCUCUCUCUGGCUCGGCGUGCCGUCUCUUCCUCGCUAGAUAAUGACACUAUUCCCAAAUUGUGGUGUUUACCGGUUGGGUCUGGUGUAAUGCACGGUGUAAGACAUAUCUCUACUUCUCUUCGAAUCAGGUUUUAAUGAACUUUUAAUUGAUUUCUGAGAAAAUGUAUGCUUUCAUUACCAGGCCCUGGUUCCUUUAGAAGCUAAUAAAAAGGUAUUGAACUCAUGCCAUCACUGACUGGGUAGCUAUCUUCAUUCUUUGGCCUGACUAUUGUCUUUCGGACUGCAGUCGAGCCAACAUGUUCUUUGUUAUUUCUCGUGGUAGGAUGUUGUACACUGCAUACAUUAACAGCAGGAACAUCAUUUGGAUAUUUUUUUCUACUUUUUGCACCCCAUUGCAAUAUGCUUUGAGAUAAGGCAAUCUCUGUUUUUAUGCGUGUGAAAAUUGAAAACCAAUCCUGUCUCAUUAUCGCCGGUCGAAAAAGAAAUGUUAUCUGAAAAGAAACCUUUAGUGUCCACUCCAAAGUAAAUGAUCACUCGUAUUUUAGUAGAAUACGUUUCAUUUUCAACAGCGACUAUCUUUUCAUCUAUCAAUGACUUCUGGCUCCCAAUCUCGAGGUGAGAUGUUAUGUCUUGAUCCUCCUGGAUCAUGGCGUCUCAUUCCUACAAAGACCUCCCAGUGCAGAUGUAGGAUCUUCAAUUGAACACCCUGUUGCAGGAGAACUUUCCUGUACAUUGGAGGUUUAAAAGGGCUUCUGAGGUAUGUAAUUUCCACUUUGAAAUUUCAGAUUUAAUUUUCCCUUACGAAAAAUGUAUCAACCCCUGCACAAAAUGUCCAUUAAUUACAAUCCACAAUAAUAAUUCAAAUUUCCUGUUGCUGCAGGAUUAUUUUCCUCCUGUAGCAAACUGGGCCAAAUUAAGAUCCCACCAAAUUUUUUAUUUAACCUUAGAUCCUGGCUUCUCGUGCCGUGCGGCUCUCACCUGCAGGUCUUGAGUCAGCGUCCCUAUUACAACCGUCAUGAUAAACGGAGGAAGUCUCUGUGGUGAGAGCCAUGUCUCUCAGAGAAGUGAGCUAUCAGGGCAGAGCAGAGCACAGGACCUGAGGUACAGGUGUUGAUGGAACACUUCUAGCUACAGAUGCAGAGAUACGUGCAACGUAGGCCUAUACUACAGGAACAGAACAUAAAUGCAGUACUACAAUGACAUGAGCUAUAUAUUCCAUUAGCUCAUCAGAGUGGAAAACCUCCUCCACUGUCCUCAACCUCGAUCAAAUCCUGAAGAGAAAUGGAGGGAUUAAUGCUGGAUACAAUACAAGCCUUGCAGUAUACAGACAGCACUGCUUAACUUGCACAAUGAACAAAUCCUUCAUUUGUAUUACAGAGGACACAGUUUGGAGAGAGGGUUCAACUGUAACACUGUGUACCUGUUUAAGCCUGUCAGCUUGGGGUCUGUGUAUUGCUCUCUCCCUGCUGUUGAAACAGGUGUCUCAUCAUGUGUGUGUUCCUCCCUAUUAGUUUACGCAUGGUGCUUACCAUAUGGAUGGUCUAACUCCCCCUGUGUCUCCCUCCAUCAUCCCUCCCUCCCUCCCUCCCUCCCUCCCUCCCUCCCUCCCUCCCUCCAGGCCACAGAUCCAGACGCGGGGGUUAAUGGCCAGGUGCGCUACCGACUGGUCAACCAUGCCGACCUCUUCAGGAUCAACUCCAAUGGCACGAUCUCCACCGCAGUGCCUUUGGAUCGAGAGGUCAGGGGUCAGUAUGACCUCAUCGUGGAGGCGGAGGAUGGAGCGGUGGAGGACCCCAGGAGGACCACACUCACUCUGUCGGUGACCGUGCUGAAUGUGGACGAUAACAGUCCGGUGUUCUCACAACCGUCCUAUACGGUCAAUCUGCCGGAGAAUAGUCCUAAGAACACGGUCAUCCUGCAGUUUACAGUGAGUGUGUGUGUGUGUGUGUGUCCAAGAGCGCACAGCACGCUCCAUGCACACUCAGGAGCAAGGGUAUAUACUACUUCAAACACUCCACAGUCCAAAUGCAUCCUCUAGUACAUCAAAGCACACAAAGCCAGGAGGUACAUGGUUAGCCUAGAGCAUAUUGACAGAGGAUAUCAAAACCUCAGACAUGGACAUUACUACAUGGCCUCGCUAUUCAGGCACAUGCUGCCAGGAAAGGGGAAACAGGAGCUGCAGAUUCCCGCACAGCAGGCACUGCCUUUUGUUACAUCAAAUUACACCAAAUAUCUAUGCAAACCAACCAUACAAACAAACAAACAGAGCAUGAUUCUCUGAGUGGAGUAGGAACUGAAAAAUACCAACCACCCAAUUUUACCCCAUUAUUCACUGAGAUGAAAUUAUGUUCAUUGAAAACCUGGUUGUUUUACAAAAACCUGCCUCUAGAAUUGUGAUAACUUGUGUUUUACAAGAACCUUCUUCUUUGAUCCAAAAGUUGAGCAUAUCGGCUAGACUAUCUAGAAUUGUGGUUAUUUGUUGUUGGCCAGCCCAGAGAAUACUUUUUUUGAUGAGACCAGUCAUGUCUCCCUGUGUAGGGCUAAUCAUGGUCAAUUUCAGGUGGGGUUGGUUGAUUGACAGUGACAGUGUCUGUCUGGUCGCAGUGCACUGAUCCCUCAGCAGUGACAAACCUAUCAUCACCUCCCGUUGCUCCCCACGGCACACUGAUCCUGUUGAUAGGCUGAUAUUUUGGGCAGAUUAGUGUGCCACUGAUGGCUGAGCUAGAAUGGUAGGGGGUUUAUCUGUGUGUAGGCCCAAAGCUAUUCUUCUCCAAUACACACUCAAUGUUAACACACUCUCCUCCACCUGAAAGGACUCCACAGACACACACACAGGGAUGAAACCACUAAUAGUGACCUCUCUCCUGACAAUGGAUUUGAGGAGUUACUACUGCUGAUCACUGUGAUUGGUCCGACGAGUGCCAUUCUGUAGAAACUAGAAUUGCUUGAUUCUUUUGCUUUUAUGAUCACCUAUUGAAUAAGGGACUUCCAGGUUGAAAUAAAAGUUGCAAAAUAAAAAAUGUAAGGUUCAUGCUGUAACGUCGUAUCAUUUUCUGGCUGUUGGGUUCUUAGCAAAUCAAAUCAAAUCAAAUCAAAUUUUAUUGGUCACAUGCGCCGAAUACAACAGGUGCAGACAUUACAGUGAAAUGCUUACUUACAGCCCUUAACCAACAGUGCAUUUAUUUUUAACAAAAACAGUAAAAAUAAAACAACAACAAAAAAAGUGUUGAGAAAAAAAGAGCAGAAGUAAAAUAAAAUAACAGUAGGGAGGCUAUAUAUACAGGGGGGUACCGGUGCAGAGUCAAUGUGCGGGGGCACCGGCUAGUUGAGAUAGUUGAAGUAAUAUGUACAUGUGGGUAGAGUUAAAGUAACUAUGCAUAAAUAAUUAAAUAGGGAAUUGUAUCUUACGUAAUACUUAUUAAUAACUACAUUAAAAGUUACUGUAUAUCAGGUCCUAUAGACCAGAGACCCACUAAUAUGGGACGCUGAACCGUUACCCACAGUAUUCCUCCUCCUCCCCUCCUCCCCUCCUCCUGCUCCUCUCCUCCUCCUUCUCCUGCUCCUCCCCUCCUCCUGCUCCUCUCCUCCUCCCCCUCCUCCUGCUCCUCUCCUCCUCCUCCCCUCCCCCUGCUCCUCUCCUCCUCCUCCUCCUCCUCCUCCUCCCCUCCCCCUGCUCCUCUCCUCCUCCAGGCCAAAGACGCUGACCUGGACUCCAACAUCACCUUCCGUAUCCGGACCCAGGAGGCCAGGCAACUGUUUGCCGUCAGCCCAGUGACUGGAGAGCUCUCUGUGCUGCAGACUCUGGACUUUGAGACCUUGGCAGCCUCGGACCACACCUACACCUUCGUGGUGGAAGCCCUGGACAAUGAAGGGAUCAUGCCCCCAGGCCUGGCCACUGUCACUGUAAAGAUAACGGUAAGGAAACGACCUUCCCUCUGCCUCCUGCAUAACAGAGCCCCAUCAGUUAGGCCACCAGGCUGUUUAUUACUCACAAACUGACGCCGUUGUUCAAGAGGGAAAAUGCAGAUGUGUGGCAGAAGACAUGAGAAUAAACAUUUUCAUAGAUACAUGUACAGCAAAUUCUAUUCACAAACAUAGAUAUUGAAACAAACAAUAAAGGGACUGUGUAUGAGUUUCAGGCCCAUCUGUUAGAGUAAAACUAGGCCCUCAAAAUAAGGCCUUAUGAAAUACGUAUUGUAUUGUGUAAUAAAGUAAUUAAAAAAUAUAUAUAUUGAUAACAUAUUCACUUAGGAUCUCCAUAGGACUGAAAAUGGAUGAAUGCAACAACCAUGUCACUAACAAAUACGGUCAUGGGUGGUAACUCUACAAUUUACUCGAAAAGCAAGGCACUCUGGGAAGUAUUUGAAUAGGGCUUUACACUAAGGAGUGUGUUAAUUUAACACUGUUCUGGUGUCUAUAUGAGUCCACAGACUCAACAUUUUGUGUUGAUUUAACUUGUGGCUCUACUCUUUCUCUCUAUCUCUCUUUCUCUCUAUCUCUCUCUCUCUCUCUCUCUCUCUCUCUCUCUCUCUCUCUCUCUCUCCUCUCUCUCAUCCAUCCUUCCCUCCCCCCACACAACCCCCUCUCUCUCUCUCUCUCUCUCUCUCUCUCUCUCUCUCUCUCUCUCUCUCUCUCUCUCUCUGUCUUUCCAUCUCUCUCUCCCUCCAUUUAUCUAUUUCUCCCUCUCUCUCACCCUCUUUCUAUCUCCCUCUGUCUCCCUCCAUCUCUCUCCCUCCCUCCCUCCAUCUCAUUCUCUCCCUCCCUUUCUCUCCCCCAUCUUUCUCUCUGGUCUGAAACCACUAGCCACCCUCAUCACCACUGAGCUAAAGAGAGAUAAAUUAUCCUCCAGCUACCUCUCAUUUCUCCUGGCCUGACAAAAGACAGGCUGACAGAUUGAUACUGUAGUACAGUGCUGUGGUAUUUUAUGUCUUGAUGGUCAUUAGGUUUGUGAGGGCUCUAUUUUGUCAGUAUUGUGGCCAUCUGAUUUAUUAUGUUUCAGAAGAUUAACCACCAGACACGUGCUGAAUGGAGAUUAGCCUGCCGUUGGCCUCGGCAUGACGCUCCUAGAACAGUAGAACAGUAGAACAGUAGUAAAGUAGAAUAGUAGGACAGUAGAAUAGCAGUACAGUAGAAUAGUAGUAUAGUAGAACAGUUUAACAGUAGUACAGUAGUAUAGUAGUACAGUAGAACAGUAGAACAGUAGAACAGUAGAACAGUGGUACAGUAGUAUAGUAGAACAGUAGUAUAGUAGUAUAGUAGAACAGUGGUACAGUAGUAUAGUUGAACAGUAGUAUAGUAGAACAGUAGAACAGUAGUACAGUAGUAUAGUAGUACAGUAGAAUAGUAGAACAGUAGUAUAGUAGAACAGUAGAACAGUAGUACAUUAGUAUAGUAGAACAGUAGAACAGUAGUACAGUAGAACAGUAGUACAGUAGUAUAGUAGAACAGUAGAACAUUAGUAUAGUAGAACAGUAGAACAGUAGAACAGUAGUACAUUAGUAUAGUAGAACAGUAGAACAGUAGUACAGUAGAAUAGUAGAACAGUAGUACAGUAGAAUAGUAGAACAGUAGUACAGUAGUAUAGUAGAACAGUAGAAUAGUAGUACAGUAGUAUAGUAGAACAGUAGUACAGUAGUAUAGUAGUACAGUAGAAUAGUAGUAUAGUAGAACAGUAGUACAUUAGUAUAGUAGAACAGUAGAACAGUAGUACAGUAGAACAGUAGUACAUUAGUAUAGUAGAACAGUAGAACAGUAGUACAGUAGAACAGUAGUACAGUAGUAUAGUAGUAUAGUAGUAUAGUAAAAUAGUAGUAUAGUAGAACAGUAGAACAGUAGAACAGUAGUACAGUAGAACAGUAGUAUAGCAGCACAGUAGAACAGUAGAACAGUAGUAUAGUAGAACAGUAGUAUAGUAGUACAGUAAAAUAGUAGAACAGUAGUAUAGUGGAACAGUAAAAUAGUAGUACAGUAGUAUAGUAGAACAGUAGUACAGUAGUAUAGUAGUACAGUAGUACAGUAGUAUAGUAGAACCAUAGUACAGUAGUAUAGUAGAACAGUAGUAUAGUAAAACAGUAGGACAGUAGAACAGUAGAACAGUAGUACAGUAGAACAGUAGUACAGUAGUAUAGUAGAACCAUAGUACAGUAGAACAGUAGUACAGUAGUAUAGUAGAACCAUAGUACAGUAGUAUAGUAGAACAGUAGUAUAGUAAAACAGUAGGACAGUAGAACAGUAGAACAGUAGUACAGUAGAACAGUAGUACAGUAGUAUAGUAGAACCAUAGUAUAUUAGUAUAGUAGAACAGUAGUAUAGUAAAACAGUAGGACAGUAGAACAGUAGAACAGUAGUACAGUAGAACAGUAGUACAGUAGUAUAGUAGAACCAUAGUAUAGUAGUAUAGUAGAACAGUAGUAUAGUAAAACAGUAGGACAGUAGAACAGUAGAACAGUAGAACAGUAGUACAGUAGAACAGUAGUACAGUAGUAUAGUGGAACAGUAGUACAGUAGUAUAGUAGAACAGUAGAACAUUAGUACAGUAGAACAGUAUAACAAUAUUAUAGUAUAACAGUAGUACAGUAGAACAUUAGUACAGUAGUAUAGUAGAACAGUAGUACAGUAUUACAGUAGAAUAGUAGUAUAGUAGAACAGUAGUACAGUAGAACAGUAGUACAAUUGGCACUAAAAUAGAUCAGGCUCGUAAUAUGGUAUUACACAGCACUUAAAUGAGACUGUAGUACUCAGUCGGUGUCCUUGAGUAGAAUUCUUUAGAUCUAGCUGCUAGAUAUGUUACACAUGAAAAAUGAUACUGUUAGAGGGACAAUGGAGGAGAACGUCUUUGAAGCUAUGAAGCACUGCUGCUUUGUGUUAGGGUUUAGCAUUCUCACUCCCUCACUCCUCACAAAUAUGAUGACCUGUGUGUUUUACCAGCCUAACAACAGGGGAAAAGGAAUGAAAACUACAAAUGAGGUGUAUCCAUCAUCCUUCCUGUAUUUUAAAGGGCAGGGAAACAGAUUUUGUUCCUUUCCGUCUGGCGUAGCUAGUCGGUUAUUAUUUGCUGUUGAGACAGAACAGUGCGCUGUAGUGUAGGGUGAUAAUGUAAUGUGAUUCCUGGUCUGUGGAGACUAGAGGGAUAGCGGAGUGAUUAAGCUGUGAGAUCGCUUCCAUGGGUUCUAUAGACUUGAUCAGGAAACCAUCGCUAGAAACACAAUAACACCGUUGAGAUUCUUUGCCGCAGCGUUUUCUGUCUGUUCUGUUAUCUGAGCCAGACUGCCAGAGUAAAACUCACUCUCCAGAAGAAGUGUGAAUAUAAAAGGUGACACUGAUGAAAGCUGCUGUCUUCCCAUACGCCUCUUUUUAUGUGUGGACAGAAAGACAGAGAGCCGCUAGGUUUUAUUAACAAGCCGAAGUGCUGUACCAAGGACGUUUCUGUAUACAUUCUGUGAGCAGGAGGAAGCCAGAGGAAGAUGUGUAAUUUGUAUACCUGAACUAGCCUGGCCUCAUCUUGGACUUUGUGAGGCGACAUGCUCUAUUGAAUGCUUUACAAUGCAGCUCAGACUUAAUGAUGAAUAGUUGAGCAGCCGGCAGCAUCAUGCUGUGGGAUGUUUUUCAUCGGCAGGGACUGGGAAACUGGUCAGAAUUGAAGGAAUAAUGGAUGGCGCUAAGUACAGGGAAAUUCUUGAGGGAAACCUGUUUCAGUCUUCCAGAGAUUUGAGACUGGGACGGAGGUUCACCUUCCAGCAGGACAAUGACCCUAAGCAUACUGCUAAAGCAACACUUUAGUGGUUUAAGGGGAAACAUUUAAAUGUCUUGGAAUGGCCUAGUCAAAGCCCAGACCUCAAUCCAAUUGAGAAUCUGUGAUAUGACUUAAAGAUUGCUGUACACCAGCGGAACCCAUCCAACUUGAAGGAGCUGGAGCAGUUUUGCCUUGAAGAAUGGGCAAAAAAAAUCCCAGUGGCUAGAUGUGCCAAGCUUAUAGAGACAUACCACAAGAGACUUGCAGCUGUAAUUUCUGCAAAAGGUGGCUCUACAAAGUAUUGACUUUGGGGGGGGGGGGUGAAUAGUUAUGCACGCUCUUCUGUUUUUUUGUCUUAUUUCUUGUUUGUUUCACAAGAAAAAAUAUUUUGCAUCUUCAAAGUGGUAGGCAUGUUGUGUAAAUCAAAUGAUACAAACUAUUUUAAUUCCAGGUUGUAAGGCAACAAAAUAGGAAAAAUGCCAAGGGGGGUGAAUACUUUCGCAAGCCACUGUAGAUCAGACUCUGAAUAUCCAUUUGAGCAUGGAUAAGUUAUUAAUUAGGCUUUGGAUGGUGAAUCAAUACACCUAGUCACUACAAAGAUACAGACAUCCUUCCUAACUCAGUUGUUGGAGAGGAAGGAAACUGCUCAGGGAUUACACCAGGAGGCCAAUGGUGAUUUUAAAACAGUUACAGAGUUUAUUGGUUGUGAAAUGAGAAAACUGUGGAUGGAUCAACAACAUUGUAGUUAUUCCACAAUGCUAACCUAAAUGACAGAGUGAAAAGAAGGAAGGCUGUACAGAAUACAUCUAUUCCAACAAGGCACUUAAGUACUACUGGCAAAAAUGUGGCAAAGAAUUUAACUUUUUGUCCUGAAUACAAAGCGUAAUGUUUGGGGCAUAUCCAACACAACACCAGCUGUAAUCGCCUCCAAAGGUGUUUCUACAAAGUAUUGACUCAGGGGUGUGAAUACUUACGUAAAUUAGAUAUUUCUGUAUGCCAUUUUGGUUUAGUGCUAUGCCUAAGUGCUAAUGGGAGACUCUCUAGGCCAGGCUGACAGUUGUAAAUGCCGCCAGUCCUUCAGUGGAAGUUGAAGGAUGAGCAGGGAAAAAUGGCUUGCCAGGUCCAGCAGCAGUGACAGUGAUGGCGCUAGCUACUUCACUAAUUCACAAUCAUGUUGAAAUCAGUAAAACACUCUGAAGCGACAGCAUGUUAAUGGAGGGUAUCUGUUUACAAACUCCUGCCUACACAGACAUGCUUCUCAUUCUGAGCAUCUAACUGUGAGGAGUGGUCCUCUGUAGCUCAGCUGGUAGAGCACGGCGCUUGUAACGCCAAGGUAGUGGGGUCGAACCCCUGGACCACCCAUAUACAAAAAAAAAAUGUAUGCACGCAUGACUGUAAGUCGCUUUGGAUAAAAGCGUCUGCUAAAUGGCAUAUUAUUAUUAUUAUUAUUAUUGAGUAUCUUUAUUAUUGUAGUAGUUUUCAUUCUGACAACUGGAAGCAUCUACAUGUGAGGGGUAUAUUUUCAUUAUUUUAGUAGUAGUAGCAGUAGUAGUAGUAGUAGUAGUAGUAGUAGCAUUAUCAAUAAUAGUAGCAGCAGUAGUAGCAGUAGCAGUAGUAGUAGUAGUAGCAUUAUCAAUAGUAGUAGCAGCAGUAGUAGUAGUAGCAGUAUGAGCAGUAGUAGUAGUAGCAGUAAUACUAGUAUCAGUAGCAGUAGCAGCACUAUGAGAAGCAGUAGAAGUAGCCGUAGUAGUAGUAGCAGUGUGAGCAGCAGUAGCAGUAGUAGUAGUAUUAGUAGUAGUGGUAGUACUUGUAGUAGUAGUAGUAGCAGCAGUAGCAGCAAUAGUAGUAGUAGCAGUAGCAGCAGUAGUAGCAGUAGUAGUAGUAGUAGCAGUAGAAGAAGUAGUAAUCGUAGCAGUAGCAGCAGUAGUAUCAGUAUCAGUAGUAGUAGCAGUAAUAGUAGUAGCAGUAUUAGUAGUAGCAGUAGCAGUAGUGGCAAUAGUACCAAUAGUACCAGUAGUAGUAGUAGCAGUAGCAGUAGCGUGGCCUAUCUCAAGGCCAUCAGACUGUUAAAUAGCCAUCACUAGCCAGCUACCACCUGGUUACUCAACCCUGCACCUUAGAGGCUGCUGCCCUAUGUACAUAGACAUGGAAUCACUGGUCACGUUAAUAAUGGAACACUAGUCACUUUAAUAAUGUUUACAAACUGUUUUACUCAUUUCAUAUGUAUAUACUGUAUUCUACUGUGUUUUAGUCAAUGCCACUCCAACGUUGCUCGUCCCAAUAUUUCUAUAUUUCUUAAUUCCAUUAUUUUACUUUUAGAUUUGUGUGUAUUGUUGUGAAUUGUUAGAUACGACUGCACUGUUGAAGCUAAGAGCACAAGCAUUUCAAGCAUCUGCUAAAUAUGUGUAUGUGACCAAUAAAAUAUGAUUUCAUUUCAUUUUAGCAGUAGUAGUAGUAGUAGUAGUAGUAGUAGUAGUAGUAGUAGUAGCGGUAGUAGCAGUAGCAGGAGUAGCAGUAUUAGUAGAAUAAGUAGUAUAGUAGUAGUAGUAGUAGUAGUAGCAGUAGUAGUAGUAGUAGUAGUAGCAGGAGUAGCAGUAGCAGUAUUAGUAGAAUAAGUAGUAGUAGUAGUAGUAACAAUAGUAGUAGUAGUAGUAGUAGCAGUAGUGGCAGUAGCAGUAGUUGUUGUAGUAGCAGUAGUAGUAUUAGUAGCACUAGAAGUAGUAGUAGCAGUACUUUGUAGUAGUAGCAGUAGUAGGAGUAAUAGUAGCAGUAGCGGCAGUAGCAGUAGUUGUUGUAGUAGCAGUAGUAGUAUUAGUAGCACUAGUAGUAGUAGUAGCAGUAACGUUAGUAGUAGUAUUAAUAGUAGUAGUAGUAGUAGUAACAUUAGUAGUAGUAGUAGCAGUAACAGUAGUAGCAGUAGUUGUAGUAGCAGUAGUAGUAGCAGUAACAGCAGUAGAAGUAGUAGUAACAGUAGUAGUAACAGUAGUAGUAGUAGUAGUAGUAGAAGCAGCAGUAACAGUAGUAGUAGUAGUAGCAGCAGUAGAAGCAGUAACAGUACUAGCAGUAGUUGUAGUAGCAGUAGUAGUAACAGUAGUAGUAGUAGCAGUAGUUGUAACAGUAGCAGUAGUAGUAGUAGUAGUUGUAGUAGUAGUAGCAGUAGCAGUAGAAGUAGCAUUAUAUCAGUAGUAGGUUUUUACAGUAAAAAGAGCUGUUGAUUAAGACACUUAUCUUACUAAUUCCAUUGGUGUGUUUCUCUCUGUCUUAUCCAGGAUAUGAAUGACUACUCUCCAGUGUUCAGCCAGGUGGUGUACAGGGGCAUGGUAGCUCCCAACGCAGUCAAGGGGACCGUGGUCGCCACGGUACAGGCAGAGGACCUAGACCCUCCUGUGAGUAGACAACAAUGUGACAGCUCUGUGCUCUGUGCUUGACUAUAACUUUACAACAUGGCUGCCCGGUUUCUGCUCCCGUGGCGACGCGGGUGAGAAAGCGAUUUAGAGGAGAAAAUAAAAGGUUACUGUGCUUGUUCAUUGUAGUUGUGUUUGCAUGACUUGUUUCUAUUUAAUAAGCAUGGUCCACAGAGGAUGGUGUCCCAUUGUUGGAAUGCUUAAUGAUUUAGAAACACUAUAAGGUCAAAAGUAUGUGGAAACCCUUUCAAAUUAGUGGAUUUGGCUAUUUCAGCCACACCUGUUGCUGACAGGUGUAUAAAAUCGAGCACACAGCCAUGCAAUCUCCAUAGACAAACAUUGGCAGUAGAAUGGCCCGUACUGAAGAGCUCAGUGACUUUCAACGUGGCACCGCCAUAGGAUGCCACCUUUCCAAAAAGUCAGUUUGUCUAAUUUCUGACUUGCGAGAGCUGCCCCUUUCAACUGUAAGCUAUGUUAUUGUGAAGUGGAAACGUCUAGGAGAAACAACGGCUCAGCCGCAAAAUGGUAGGCCACACAAGCUCACAGAACGGGACCGCCGAAUGCUGAAGCGCAUAGCAGCACAAUAACUGUUAGUCGGGAGCAUAAUUAAAUGGGUUUCCAUAGCCGAGCAGCCGCACACAAGCCUAAGAUAACCAUGCGCAAUGCCAAGCGUCGGCUGGAGUGGUGUAAAGCUCGCCGCCAUUGGACUCUGGAGCAGUGGAAACAUUCUCUGGAGUGAUGAAUCACGCUUCACCAUCUGGCAGUCCGAAGUACAAAUCUGGGUUUGGCGGAUGCCAGGAGAACGCUUCCUGCCUGAAUACAUAGUGCCAACUGUAAAGUUUAGUGGAGGAGGAAUAAUGGUCUGGGGCUGUUUUUCAUGGUUCAGGCUAGACCCCUUAGUUCCAGUGAAGGGAAAUCUUAACGCUACAGCAUACAAUGAAAUUCUAGAUGAUUCUGUGCUUCCAACUUUGUGGCAACAGUUUGGGGAAGGCCCUUUCCUGUUUCAGCAUGAUAAUGCCCCCGUGCACAAAGCGAGGUCCAUACAGAAAUGGUUUGUCGAGAUCGGUGUGGAAGAACUUGACUGGCUUGCACAGAGCCCUAACCUCAACCCCAUCGAACACCUUUGGGAUUAAUUGGAACACCGACUGCGAGCCAGGCCUAAUCGCCCAACAUCAGUACCCGACCUCACUAAUGCUCUUGUGGCUGAAUGGAAGCAAGUCCCCGCAGCAAUGUUCCAAUAUCUAGUGGAAAGCCUUCCCAGAAGAGUGGAGGCUGUUAUAGCAGCAAAGGGGAGACUAACUCCAUAUUAAUGCCCAUGAUUUUGGAAUAAGAUGUUCGACGAGCAGGUGUCCACAUACCUUUGACCAUGAACUUGUUCUCAACUGGCUUACCUGGUUAAAUAAAGGUGAAAUAAAAAUAAAAUAAAAUAAAUGUAGUGUACAUCGGUAGGAGUUGGAGUUGUUGUAAUGUGUUUUGGUUGUGUUAUGCUAUUAUUUCCGAUGGAGGCUAUGUCUCAUUAUUUUGGGCUUUCAUUUAUUUAUAAUGUUUUGUGUUGGUCGAUUUGUUCAUUCCUACAUAAGUUAUAGGUUAUCUAUGAGAGAGGUUGAUAUCACUACAUGUUCUUACAUUUUAUAGCCAUGGGUGGACCUGCAGGCAGAAAGCAAUCUGCCUUCUGCAUAUCAUAUAGGAGCAUAUUCCAGAUGCUUACUGUGUUGUGGGAUUUCAUUGGCCUGUGGCCUGAAGAAAUAAUGCCAGUGUUACCAAGCCGACGUCUCAAGGCGUGGAGAAUCAUCCGUGCCUCAGCAACAAGCUCCUGAAUAUACAAUGAUAUUAACUGCUUGAUUUCACAAAUUCACCCAUCACAUUGGUAGAUGACUUACGGUCUCUCAGAGCAAAUAACGCACAGAGCAAAUGUUAUUAAUGAAUGAUAACAGUCAAUUGAUAUGCAGUGGUAAUAGUCUAAGGCAUUUCACAAACACAUAGAUAAUAUUACAUAUUUACACACAUGUAGCUAGUGCAUAGUGGUACAAUAUGACAUCAGCAGUGCUUACUGUAUAAAGACAGUUUACCCUUUAACUUACCCGUCCUGUCAUAGGUAAAGUUAUUCUAAAGCGUUGUUAAAGGUCACAGCAGUCGAUAGAUUAGAGGAGAGAAUGAAAGAAGAGCAGGAAACGGGACAGAAAAGGAAAAGGGAGCAGAGGAAAAGAAGAGUAGAGAGCACCAGUGGAGGUCCAGGCUUGCCCUGCUGGAGACCACCCCUGCCUGGCAGGCUUGGCAGGCCGAACUGAGCCCCUGUGAUAUCUUUCUGCAUGAGUGGGAGGCCUUGGCUGGGCUGGGACUGGGGCUGCCAGCGCCCCACACCACAUCACUCCUCUCCCUCAGUAGUAUGUAAAGCAGUUCUGAGAUGACAGGAAAGGCAGGUUCUUAAGCUGAGCUGCGAGAUGAAUCACUGAAAGAGACGGGGAGGGAGAGGGAGACGCCACAGAGCCUUCCUGGCACCUUGCCUGACUGGAGCCUCAAAGCGGGCUAGCCCCCCAGAGUCACACACACACAGGUCACUCCUGGUCAUAAAUUCAGGCGAGGAGACAGAGCAGAGAAUCUCCCUCUUGUUUUCACUCUCUCUUUCUGUUUCUCUCUCUUUCGGCUACUUCCCUCCCUCUAUUCUUCCCCCCUCUCUCCAUCCUCUCUCGCUCUUUCUCUACCUCUCUCACUCUCUCGCUCGCUCUCUUUCUUUCUUUCUUUCUUUCUUUCUUUCUUUCUUUCUUUCUUUCUUUCUUUCUUUCUUUCUUUCUUUCUUUCUUUCUUUCUUUCUUUCUUUCUUUCUUUCUUUCUUUCUUUCUUUCUUUCUUUCUUUCUUUCUUUCUUUCCAUCCAAGUUUGUUGACAGAUAAGCUGUGGAUGGUGGGGGUCUGUGAAAAUGCUGGUCCACACUGCAGAUGUUAUGUCACUGUGUCACUGUUCCCUCCCCUGUCCUCAGCAUCUCAGAGACAAUGGUCUGUCUUUAAUAUCAGCUUUUGUAGCAUAAUCUAUCCUAUGUCCAAGUUGGUCUUCAAAGAGAUAAUACUUUUUGAAACUCAAGUCAAUGCUGGAUGUGACUCAAGUCAAGUCUCUUUGGGUCUGUUCUGUUGUUUUAUCUAACAUCUCACAGGUGAAUUCAUUGCACUGUGCAAGCUGUUCAAUGUCUUCUUCCAACUGUUCAGUAUUCACGCAGGGAGGGAAGGUUUGGUGUCACAAUAGAGAAUAUCAGUUGUUAAUGAGAGGAAGGUAAUCACACUCUGUUGGGCUUCUGGUAUCAGGAGUUCAAUUACUCCUCUCAUUUCCCAUCUUGUCUAAUAAUGUUUUAUAUACGAUUCGCAAUUAACACGAUCCUAUGAACAAGCUACACAAUAAGCAUUCAUUAUACUGCUAUUAUUAAACACCCCACCCUAGAGAGAACCCCUCCCCCUUUAAUCAAUCUGAUAAGCAGAGUAGUUGCUUUGUCACUAAAUGUUAUGAUCUCACACUGUGAAAGUUGAGGAAGCUAAACAAAAAUUUGCUGUUGAAAGUGUAGCUUUCUCUCUAUUAAAAUAAGGGAAGGCACUGCAAGCCUGCUCAUGACUGGCUAUUGACUGGGAAGACUAAUCUCCUAUUCGUUAGAAGGCUGAAACAUAGAUGGAGAGCUUGGUCUUGUCUUUCCUGCCAGCUAAGCUACUGGGCACACGCAGGGCUGCUCUCAGCAUCUCAAGACGCUAGGAAGAAGGGUUAUUUUAGUCCUCUGUCAAACACUCACUUUUUCUUAAAUUAUUAGUUUACUGUGAUGUUUGCUUGAAAAUCAACUUGGAGACAUUUUUUAAGAGAGCGAGAGAGAGAGAUUAUGAUUUAGCAUUGCCUAUAUAGCGCCCUACUUUUGAAUAAUUUAUUGGGCAGAUUUCACACAUUUGUUGUGGCAUUUAUGCUGUUAGUAAAUGGAUUUGUUUGACACUUCGCUGCCACCAGGGGUGGUUCGCUCCCCCUGGAGGCUCUCUCCUUCCGCCUCACUUCACCGGCCGAAAUGAUAUAGACACCCAACCGAGUCGCCACCUCCUCCUGCCUCUCUGUCUGCCUCCCUGCCUGCAAAGGCAACAUGAGUUCACAAACAGGUCUUAGAAUACGUAAAAUACCUUGCGGUCCCACUUAGAGCCUUGGGUAGACAGCCCUUAUGCAUUUGGUUGUGAUCGUCCUGUCAUUGCAGAUGAAUGAAUAGGAGGUGUGUGUUUUCCUGUUCACAGGGCACCCCUGCCAGCCAUGUGCAUUACAGAAUGGACCUGGAUGAGAACCCUUACAGUGGCAGCAUCUUUGACGUGGACGAAGUCACAGGCAGCGUCAUCACACGAGUCAACCUCAAUGAAGAGCCCAAUCUAGUGUUUAGUGUGAGUACAUACACAUCUACAAUUUUUUUUUUUGGGGGGGGGGUUCUAAGAACAUAACUGAGUGGAGCAAUUGAGUGACACCCCAUGUUCCACUUUCUUCAUGUAUUCAUCAAAUUUAUUUUAUUUCCCCUCUUCAGCUGGUUAUUGUUGCCUAUGACGACGGGGAGCCAAUGAAAGUCAACAAGACCCUGGUGGUUAUCACUGUCCUGCAACCGUCCAUCAUACCA